GGCGGUGGAGAUGGCAACCUCGCUGGAAACGCGCGGGGGAGCCUGAGCCGGCAGCCGGAGACGCACGGCUCGGUGUACUCCCUCGCCCGCCACGCCGCCGCGCAGACCCUCCAUCUUCCUGCUCAGCUCCGGGCCAGGCUCGACCCUGCCCCGGGGUGGGGUAGGGGGCGGCUCCCGCUUCUCCGGGGGCUCCAGGUCGUUCUCCACCCCCGGGCCCUCUGCGACUCAAUUGCCUGGGUCCCCCCUCCCCCGCCACACACACUCACACGCGCCCGCGAGCACACACGCACGCACACAACACACUCACACGCCAGCAGGCUGCUGGCCGCUCAAUGGACCGAUUUCCCCGGUUUCCCUGAACCCAGCCUAGCCCGGAAUGAGAAAUUGCAAAAUGGCCCGAGUCGCCAGUAUACUAGGGCUGGUCAUGCUCAGCGUGGCCCUGCUGAUUUUAUCGCUUAUCAGCUACGUGUCCCUGAAAAAGGAGAACAUCUUCACCACUCCCAAGUACGCCAGCCCGGGGGCGCCCCGAAUGUACAUGUUCCACGCGGGAUUCCGGUCACAGUUUGCACUGAAGUUUCUAGACCCGUCAUUUGUGCCCAUUACGAAUUCUCUCACCCAUGAACUCCAAGAGAAACCUUCUAAAUGGACAUUUAAUCGGACAGCGUUUUUACAUCAAAGGCAAGAAAUUCUUCAGCAUGUCGAUGUAAUAAAAAAUUUUUCUUUGACCAAGAAUAGUGUUCGGAUCGGACAACUGAUACAUUACGAUUAUUCCAGCCAUAAAUAUGUUUUCUCUAUUAGCAAUAACUUCCGGUCCCUGCUCCCAGAUGUGUCGCCCAUUCUGAAUAAGCGUUAUAACAUUUGUGCUGUGGUUGGAAACAGUGGAAUCUUGACAGGGAGUCAGUGUGGACAAGAAAUAGAUAAAUCGGAUUUUGUUUUUCGGUGCAAUUUUGCCCCGACAGAGGCUUUCCACAAAGAUGUUGGGAAGAAAACCAACCUCACAACUUUUAAUCCUAGCAUCUUGGAAAAAUAUUACAACAACCUUUUAACCAUCCAGGACCGUAACAACUUCUUCCUCAGUUUAAAAAAGCUCGACGGGGCCAUUCUCUGGAUCCCCGCGUUUUUCUUCCACACUUCUGCAACUGUAACCAGAACGUUAGUGGAUUUUUUCGUUGAGCACAGAGGUCAGUUAAAGGUCCAGUUGGCUUGGCCUGGAAAUAUCAUGCAACAUGUCAACAGGUACUGGAAAAACAAACACUUGUCACCCAAACGACUGAGCACAGGUAUCCUUAUGUACACCCUUGCAUCUGCAAUAUGUGAAGAGAUCCACUUGUACGGUUUCUGGCCUUUCGGAUUUGACCCCAACACCAGGGAGGAUCUGCCCUACCACUACUAUGACAAAAAAGGAACCAAAUUUACCACCAAGUGGCAGGAGUCUCACCAGCUGCCUGCUGAGUUUCAGCUGCUCUAUCGAAUGCAUGGGGAAGGGCUCACGAAGCUCACUCUGUCACACUGUGCCUAAGAACUCCAAAUGGAAAGUGCCAAUGGCUGUUUAAAAAAGUGCCCCCAAACCAAAUUGAAUAGUCUCCAGAACAGACCCCAUAGACAAUCUGGCAAAGCCUGUCUGCCACUUACAAGGAAAGAUGUCUUCUCUUCCUCUUUUGCACUGCUCUUUGAAUAGUCUGAACAGACUUAGGACAGGUGCAUUGAAGCCGUGUCUUUUAGACUUGACUGGGAAAGGUUAUAUUGCAUUUGGAAGUAUGCUGCACAGAGAAUAGCUUGAAAUAGUUCCAAGCUUGUAUUUUAAUAAUAAACUGACUCCCGUGUGAAUGAGGA